AUGGUGCUGCGAUUAAGCAGGCCUCUGUUCUUGUUCAUACUGUUCGUAUGGAUUUCAAUUAUUCAAUCUUCUUUUAUCAGAGAAAGAAAGUCACUUAAAAAUGAUUAUGAUUUUGACUUAUAUGAUGAUCCUGUAGCUGACAGAGUUUACGAUCGCAUGUCAACAUUAUGUGGACGUUUACGUAAGAGAAAUAGCAUAACUCCAUUGGUGAUGCGACUGUGUGAUUUGCUUGCUUAG